UGUAGAUCACUCCGCCAGCGUCGAAAAUGGCUUGUAGAUCUAUUAAAAUGUCGGUGCUUAGAUCUUGAAACUUUACCCGGCGUCAAGGAAAUAGCUGUUUGUAAUUAAUCAUUAAUCUAUUUAAAGUACAUUUUCAGCAGAUGGCCUCAGGAGGCUACCAACCUAAUAAGCAAGGCAAAACUGAGCCCAGGAGAAGAUCUAAUUGGCAGCGCUCAAUUAGUUCAGAUAGGGAUGAUGCUCAGAGCCUGAACAGUCUCCCAACUAGUGAUAUUCGUAUAAACAAUUGGGACCUUUCUGAUCUUCGUCCCACUAACCUUGGAGCUGACUCUAAACGAAGGAAGAAAUCUAAAGGUAACCCAGAGAGAGAAAGAGAGCAAUCCUUGUCCCUAGAUGCUCCCUCUCAUGAGAAGAAGCACACGCCAACAUCCUACUCCAGAACCAAGGUCACAGCCAACACACCUACAUCACAGAGGGUAGCUUUGGAGAAUUUAAGACAACAUAUGACUUUUAGUGAUUUAGAUGAUCAAGUUAGUACAGAUGGUGAGAGAAAUAAUGAGCGGCAGUUGUCCCAAGGGAGACGGCCACUCCAGAACACGUCUCUGAACCGAACGGAACCAGAAAGCGACCCAAGAGGUCAAAGGAAAAGACGUGUCAAUCAGAACAACAACAUGGACUAUUCUUCACAUGAGCCGCAGGGGCCUCAGACUGACAGUAAUGAAAUAGCAGCCAGACUGCUCCAGAUCAGAGAGUUUAUGAAACAGGCCAAAUCAAUGUUGAGUAGCCUUGAAAAGCUUGGGGAUAGGAAGAAAGCUGAAGAUGUUGAGAAAGUGCGUAGACUUAUGAGAAAUCUUCAAGAGCAGGAGGUUGGCUAUAGAAGUCUACUUCAGAAUAGUCUGACUCUCAGAGAUGACCACAGCAAUGAAGCUUCAAGAGGGGAUAAUGAUGCUGUCAAUAAAGAUGACGGGAAAGAUGACUCUGAGGAUGAUACAUCAGUUGAUCUGGACGUCAAGUCUGAGAACUCAGAAUCUAGUGAGAAUUCACAAGAUUCCAGACCUCGCAUUGAGAGUAAACUUGGUAUUGAAGAAGAGGAUCUUGGAGAUGGUGGGGAAAGAUUGGCUGACAAUGAUGAUCAAUAUGCUGAGCCUAUUAGAGAGUUAGUGGCCAGUGGCUCAGGGAAUUCCAAUGCUAACAGAGCUGUUGAGAAUGAGAUGCCAAGACAGGGCCAGUUCUCAGCCCAGUCACUACCUAUACAGGAAAGUGCUGAUGGUCUGAGAGGUCCUACAGAGGUGAUGGUUGAUGACCCCACUCCACAGCACCAAGAAUUGUUGAGGAUUCUCAGAGAAAAGCAGCAACAACUACAAGCCUUGAUGAGUCGGCAGGAAGAAUUAAAUAUGAAACGAAGAGAAACUGAAAAGAAGCUAUUGGAAGCGCAGGCUCGAGAUAAUAAAGCUCGAGCAGCUUUGGCUGCGGUAAGCAGUGGACGCCAGUUUGUUGAGUCCAGGCUGUCUCUAACGAGAGAAGCUCAGGCUGUACUUGCUGAAGCAGAGUGGGGGUCCCCUGCAGAGGAGGAUGAUGAAGAGAAAGAUGUUUCAGAAGAUGGCAGAGUUUUAAAGUCUAACAUUGUGGGCUAUCCUGUGUCUGACGAUGAAGACAACUCUAAAGUGGACACUCUACCCAAUGAGCUGGUUGAACUGAAGCGCCAGCUGAAUUAUCUCAAGAAUGAGUUCUCACAAGUCAGUGAAGCUCAGAAGAAUGUGGAGUCUGAGCCUUUAAGCCUUCCAGAAGGACAACAACAGCUACAGAAUAAACUGCGGGAGUUGCAAGACAAGAAGUCUCGCAUGGAUGCUCUCUUGCACGAACUGCAGUUGUUACAGUCACAGCCGAUGGAUAACUUGCGAAAUAAUGAAUCCAAUCCAUUGGCCUCCCAAAUCUCUCCAAGUCUUGUGGCCUCUAACAUACCAGCAGCUGGACAGCAGUCGCAGACAUCAGUCAGGAGCCAAGUGCCAGUAACUCUACAAGGCUGGAUGAAUGAAAUGCCAGCACUGGCAGCGGCCGCUGCUGAGAGUUCCAACUAUGCUUCUACAUCCAAGGACACUGGCAAAAAACAUGAUCAAGGAAAUACACAGCAAGAACUGGUAUCAGAGGUGCAAGAAAAACUAAAGCGUUUGAAGGAAGUGAGGGGUCAGUUGGAUGAACUCCGAAAGUUGGUCCAGUAUUACCAGGGUGAGAAUCAGGAUGGUGAUCCGGAUGACCAGAGUUCACUCCCAGGAUUCAGUGAUGCUGGGGAUCAAACCUCAUCAUCGAAAGAUCAAGGUAGACUACUGGGAGCCACAGGAAUGAGAGUACCACCACAGCAGCAACAAUCUCAACAGCAGCUUUUGGACCUGCUACAGAUGUCACAACAACAGAAACUUCAGGCAGCAGAGGGUGGUGGUGGUGCAGCUACUAGAACAUCCUCCUCUUCGUUGCAGAACAUGGUGCAGCUGCUGAACUUGGCGGGUACAGACCAAGGCGAUGAACUGUCGGAUGAAGAUAAUGUUUCUGUGUCUCAGUCUGACUCUCAGUGGUCACACAUUGGCCCAGCAUGGGAUGAAGAUCCAGAAAUACGAGAGAAAGUCAGGAAACUGAAAGCUGCAAAAGAGAAACUGCGACAGUUGCAGGACCUAGUAUCAUUUGUCCAACAGAGUCCCGAUGGCUCCAGGGCCAUGCCAGAGAACCUAAGUGACCUGGUGGCCAUUGUAGAAGGCGAGGCUGUCACGCAGGCCACACAGACAGAGGAGACCAACGUCUCUGUGAGUGAAGGGGAGGUGGCUUCUGAUUCACAUAAGCUGCAGCAAAGGCAAGAGGCAGAAGGUAAUGAGAACCCUAGAGAAGAGCUGGAGAGACUAAAGAAAGAGAGGAAGAUGUUGCUGGAUAUACAGAACCAGCUUCAACACAUACAGACUCAAGUAGGCAGGCCUUCUACCGAACAAGAGAGAAAUGUGCAGGAGAGACAAAGGCAAGAGUCCAAUCCUAACUUGGUCAAUGGUGGACAAGAGCAGUCCUCCACCGCUCCAGUUGUCACAUUUGCUUCGAAUGAUGAGCUGUACAGCAAGAUGAGGCGUCAGCGCAUCCUCCGGGAGGAGCUAAGGGCUAAGAAGAAGGAACUGGAAGCCCUGAUGAAGAAAGACCGGAACAAGAGGCAGUAUUCACGUAACCAGGACAACCAAAGUGACACUGUCUCUCUUAACACCGAUACCUUUGGUGUCCCUGCCAGUGUUGAUGCUACUAUGGCCACCUGGGGCGGAUCCACUGUGGAUAACUUGGAAAACAUCACAGAGGAUGAGGAUGCCCAGAAGAGAAUUGAACGAGUCGAUGGCGAUGAAGAUGAUGGUUACCCUAGUGAUGGCAUUGUGCAAGUGGAGGAAGAGGAAGAAGAGAAUGAUAGUGAUAAUGAGACCUACACCAUAGAAGCUGAUGCCAAGCAGAGAAGAACACUAAGGAAAGGGAUAAAUAACAAUAGUGGGGCUCGACCCAAGACCUCUCGUGGUCGACAGUCCUUCCCUCAGCCUGUCUAUGGUGCUAAGGAGACAACUAAGAAGCAGAUCAAUGGUCAGCGGUCACAAAGAAGUCAGCGAGUAUCAAAACAUAGACAAGAGAACUAUCGAUCAGCUCAAGAUCUAUUGCAGGAUGAUGAUGAUGAAGAUGAUGAUGCGGAUUCCAGGGAAAAGACGAGUGAAUGGUUCUCUUUAAUCAAUGAGCGGUUGAAGGAGUUGGCAGGCUCUGUGGAGUCUCUGAGGAAGCCAGAGUCAGAACACAGACAGCUUAGUGUCUCACUGAACCAAGACUCUGGCCAGCAGACUGGCACCUUGUAUUCCCCCAUGCAAGAGCAGAUGUUACAGUUACAGAACCAGUCUAUGAUGCUCAGCUUUGGUCAGCUCAUCCAGUCACUGACCAGACAGCAAACGGAAAUGCAACAGUUGCAGCAACAGAUGCAGGCUCUUCAACUGCAGAUGAAUGAAAUUCAUGAUCAAAGUUACCACAAUGUGGCCUCCCAGUCUCAGCAGUACUUGCGUCCAGCCAUGUGCAAUCCAUCUUUGAACAACAGCACUUACAACCUCCAGGCACCAAGCCAACCUCUGGUCAUCAACCAGCAGUUGUCCAGUCCUUACUUGCAGGGUCACUUAAACAGCACUGCUACAAAUGGCCUAUUUGGAGGUUACCUGAGCCCAGGGCUUAGAAAUAUCCAUCAAACAAACCUUCCUGCCUCUGGUCUUGCUGCCAAUGCUGAUGGGGCAGCUUUCGGAGGACUGGGCAGUGGGCUCAGCAUCAAUACAGGCUCUGGCUCCAGCCUGGCUCAACCAAAUGCUGUCACUGGAUUCAUUUUCAAUCCUUUGGGCCAGACUUCCCUGACCCGGCACCUGUCUCCACAUGUUGACCCGUUGUCUCAGCAGUCAUCUGUGUCCACUAUGACUAGAGACUUUAGCCAGUUUGUCAACACGCUGAACUCACCGUCUGCUAGCCAAGGGGCUGCCUAUGGUCAGUUCAACAACCUGCACCUGUUUGGCUCCAGUAGUCAGCAACAGCAGACAGGAGUCAUCCCUUCACAGCUGACUGCUGACAGGCCUGUUGAAGAUCUUGCCCAAGGGAAUGCAAAUCAUUUGAAUGCUACCAACAAGAAAAGAAAGUAUCGAAAGAUCUCCAGCAGAAGUGAAAGUAACACAUCCUCCAAUUUGAAGUUGUCCAGAGAGAAUGUACAAAACCUCAGCACAAGAUCUAGCACAGCUUCUCAGAACUGGGCUAGUCACAGGAGUGCACAGUACACAGGAGCCACUGCUGGAACCCAGUAUGACAUGGCUGCAGGUCAGGCCUUGAGAGAUGACUGCAGGUCAAGCUGUUCAAGCAUUCAGUCCAUACGAGAUCAGCAUUCUCGACUAAAGGAAGAGCAAUCUCAAACAGCGUCUGUAGAUGCUGCCGACGAUAGUAACACACUUUUCGACACACUGCGUGAUACCAUCUACUCGGAAGUUGCAUCUCUUAUAUCACAGAAUGAGAGCCGUCCCCAUUUCCUGUUGGAAAUAUUUCGAGAAAUGCAGCAGAUAGAUUCUGACUUGCAGCGUCAGAGAGCAUUAUAUUCUAUACAGGAAAUUCUUCGAUCACACAUUGAGGCCAAUGGCGGUGCUCCAACACAAAACCUGAGUGAAGCUGAGAGGACAUCUGCUGGCAGGAAAGUUGCUAGAGGUGGAGCUCCAAGAAAUUAUUCCUUUGACUAUGCUGAGGUGGCAGAAAACCCAAGUUCUCUGUCUACUCCGACCAAUGAUUGUGAGGAGUCCCCAUUUUUUCAGGAUGCUUUGGGAGAAACUGUGAUUGAGUUUGACAGUCUGAGGCAUGAGGACAGAGAGGAACAUUUAACAGGAUGGAGAAACUGUGGGACUUAUGAGCAGCAGAUGUGGGAGAAUGGAGGCUUCUUGCCCUUUGACAAGUUUAGAGAGUCUCAUAGGAAAAGCCAAAGCAGCCUGCACAAGACUUUGAAAGAAGAAACUCAGUCAAGUGCCAGUCAGAGUGCUGAUUUGGAGGAACUAGCUGCUGGUGAGGAAGGAGCUAGUGCAUAUGUCUCUGACAUGCCUUAUCCAAGGAUCAAUAUGAAACAACUGGACAAACAGAUCAAGGAAGUGAUGAUGGAGACCAUCCCUCUGGUCAAGCAGCACAUGAGUGACGUGUGUUCUACCCAGCUGCUGAACUACAUCAAGCAGUUGGUCCUUUCCCUCACAAGUCAAGUAGGCCAUGAAGAGUUUGCCAAGUUCUUCCAGCGUCAGCUGUCCUCCAUCCUCCAAGAUACUUUACAGAAAUACCAUGGAAGAAAGAUGAGGGAGUGUGGGGAAGAUCUAUUGGUGGAAAUCUCUGAUGUUCUUUUCAACGAGUUGGCCUUCUUUAGACUCAUGCAGGAUCUGGAGGAUGGGAGUGCUGGUGACAGGGUCAGACUGACUGAGUGGACUGGCCAGUAUCCGACUGAGGUGUCUAAAAGCUCCUCCACCUACAGUAAUGAUGGAAGUGGCUCCUCUGAGGCUGAAGAUGAUGAUAAGGAUGAGGAUACCAAGAAUAAUGAGGAAGACAAUGAAACAAAUCUGAGAGACAGUGAAGAUAAAGAAGACAUUGAGAUGGAAUCUUACCAGAUUGAGUUGGCACCCAGUGAGACCAAACCUUUCACCAGAAUAGGCAGUGAUGAAGAUGACGAUGAGGGGGAUGAAGAACAAAGUAUGGAUGACCCGAGUGAAACUGCUGUCAGCCGAGACUCCAGGAUGGAGGUCAAUGGGCACACCCAGCCGUGCGUGCCAUCCUCUGCCAGACCAGAGACAGAGGGAGCAGGAGGAGAUGUGGCAGAGAAACAAGACGCAGAGAAACUGAGUCCCAAGAAAGUGGUCUCCACUAUUGUGUUGAAAGCAACUGGGGCUGGGGAUCAAGGAGAGACCCAACCGCAGACACAGGUGAACGGCAGCGUGACACCUAAUGAUGGUCACAAUGAGGAAGGCGAACUGACUGUGGAUGAUUUGCCAGAGAGGCUGACGGUGGACUCUGAGGCCAACAACACUCCAGGGCUAAGAUGGAACUAUGAGGAGGAGCAGAGAUCUGUUUAUGGCAUUGACGCUAUUAUAUCUUCACUGGACGAUGUCAACGAACUGGCAGGGGAAGACAACCUAGACCCUGAGAGUUUCCAGUCUUAAGUGUCACUGUCUGCAAUCAAUACGUUUCUUAUGUCCACUUUUUUUGUUUUUGUAAGGCUAGAAUUUGUCUGCUUUCAAGAUAUAAGAGUUACUUCUUUCUGCCUUAUUUAUAUUCUAUUGAAAUCUAUAAAUAUAUCGUAUAUAAUACAGUCUAGAUUGACUUGUUGUUCCAUGCCCGCAAGGCUGGAGGUUAAAGGUUAAGAGUUGUUGCCAGGAGGAAAGCAUUACUGCUUCUAGUUGACUCGAUACAUACUGAUGCAUUGUUUAGCUGUAGUCGCGGUUGAUCCUCCUGUGAGUUAGUCAUGUUGAUGUUCAAGUACAAGAAAACUGCUGACCAUGUUGUGGAAAGUUAAAAGGUUGUUGCGACCUAACUCCCUGCACUGAGUUUGCGUGGGGGGGCUUUGUAAUUAGAUGGAUGUGAAAUUGCUUAUGACCAUAUCUGUGACAUUAAUGUGUGUGAUCAGUUGCUUGUUUUCACUGGCAUCACUCGUCAAAUGUAUAAAUGUCUUCAACAAUGUGUCAAUUCAAACUCUACCUAGAUUUAUCAAAUAUAGUAAAUAUAAUAAUGUAAUGGUAUGGUUGAACUUUGUGUAACUUAUUUAUUGUUUCUAAAAUGGAUCCAAUGAGAAAUGAUGUAAUACCCCAGCUCCUGGUUGAUCUGUUGGACCAGAAGGGGAAAAAAAACAAGAUAUUCAUUCUUCAUUCUUCAAGAUAUUCAUUCAUUCAUUCAUUGUUUUUUUUUUUAAUCUUUUCUCUUGAUUCUUUAUAAACUCAUUAUUUUUUCUACAACUUUCACAAGAUAAAAGCUUCAAUUGUGUGUUGUGUUGAAGGGAAUUUCUAUUCUGUUUAUCAAGUUGUACACAUUAUCAGUGAUUGUCACAGUUUGUCCAACUUUGCAUAGUUAAGUGUUCAAUCUUGGGGUGUAGAACAAAUGAGACCAUAUGGAAAUGAAAUUUGUGUUUUUUUUUUUUAUAUAUAUAUAUUAGUUCAAACAAUUUUUUUUUGUGUUCAAAUCAGAUAAAUGUUUCUUUGUUUUCUAGAGUGUUGACUUGAACAAGUGUGUGUGUGUGUGUUUUGAAGCAUUCCAUUCAGUUAGAAGUGAUCAAAUAAACUUUUCAUGAAUGCAACAAGUCA